CACUGACAAAAAAAGUAAAAUACCAAUUUUAAUAAAAAAGUUUCCAUGGAGAGAUCUAAGAUAAAUUCACAUCCAUUUGACUCUGAAAAUUUAUUUAUUAUUAAAUUACCUGAAGAUGUAUCUGAAGAAAUUAAUAAUAAAUUUAUGAAUAAAGAAACCAUUAAUAUUAAAGAUAUUCUUUUUUUGGAUCUAGAUGUUGAUAACGAUAAGGGCAGGUUUAAAUUUAAAGAUCAAAUAUUGUUUGUUAAACUUCAUAGCCUGCCUUGCAUUAUAGAAUGUCUUAAAACAUUGGAUAGGAAAGUUUACUAUAAAACUGGUGACAUUAGUCAAUUAUUAGUUUGCCAAAAAGAACCAUAUUCUGACAAUGAAGUUGAUGAGCACCAAAAUAAUCCCACAAACAGUUUGAAUAGUUUUAGAAAUAGGAAAGACAAAGAGAAAAAAUACAAUUGGAACCAUGGUAUAACCCCACCUUUAAAGAAUGUAAGAAAACGACGCUUUCGCAAAAUUAUUAAGAAAAAGACUCUAGAUCUACCACAAAUUGAAAAAGAGGUGAGACGCCUUCUCCAAGUUGAUAAUGAGGCUGAAAACGUGACUUGGGAACUUUUAUUUGACCACCAAGAAGGGGCACCCACUGGUCUACAAACUUCUUCCAUACCUCUCAGCUCUGAAACCUCACUUCCUCAUGUCACCACCUUUUCUAAUAUUGAAGAUGAAACCAGAUUUUCUCUGGAAUAUUCUGUGACUUCAAUGGCUACAGAAAAAGAAGGAAAAUGGAUCAAGGGAGGUGAUAAGGAACCUGGACCCCAUUCCAGAAGUGAAAGUGGAUUAAUGGCUAAUACAUUGGGCGUAACUGAUUUGUUCGGCGAAUCUUUCAGCAGCUUUAGCGGCAGCGAGGAUGAACGCGUCAAAGAAAUCGAUCUAUCCGAAUCCGAUGAACUUGAAUUGGAGGAAGAUGGAGACGAAGAUCUAGACGAGGAAGAGGAAUACGAUUUUAGCGAUGGCGAAACCGAGAAACACCUAAUGGGGCGGGCUGAAUCUGGGCAAAUUGGACCAGAUCACGCCUACUUGUCCUGUUCCGAUUUGAUAAAAUGUUCCACUAAAGAUGACGGUAUGAACUUAAUCCCAACUGGCGACUUCAUCAUGAGUACCGAAGAAGAUGUUACAAGCGAAAGUUCUCUUGUGGCGAUUUCCAAUUUUGAUACAUCCACCCGCACACUUGAGAUACAAAACAAACUCAGAUCAAUCCAGGAUAAAAGAUUCAAUCAUUUGGCCGAUCUGCAGUGCAUAGAAAAUCCUGCAUUGAGACAAAGGUUUCAAAAUAUGCUAGACGUGUUGGAAGAAGAGGAGACUAAUCUUAAGCGUGAACUUCAAACCAUGAAAUGAAUUCGAUAAAUUAUAAUAAAAAAUUUUAGAAAAUAAGAAUUGAAGAAGUACAUGCGCAACUAAUAUCAAGAUUUGAUUUCCUAAUCAUAAAUUGGUGUUUUCCCCAUUCAUUUUAAAGAGAUGCAUGUUUGAGAGUAGAAGGGGGAAAAUAUUAAUCUUUAAAUUAAUUUGUUAAAUAUAGCCAUUUUUAUUUAAUGUUUUAACCUUUUUGUUAUUUUCGAUAUUGGCAUAAUUUAUGCAAGAAUUUGAGCAAAAUUAACAAUUUUUAUAUACAAAUCAAUCAGCCAACUAAUUCUUUUUAAAUUAACAAUCUGAGUUAAGCUCUAAUGUUCAUUAUAUAUAUAUACAGGACAUGUAUUAGGUUAAUAUAAUCUCUUAUACAUAAUUACUUAAAAUAAUAUUUAAAAAGUAGACAUAUAGUUGAUAUUACUCUAUUAUAAAGAAUUGGUUAUAAAAUACUAGGUGAAAUUCCAUUUUUACAGACAUAUUUGACAAUAUAUUACAGUUAAUAUUUUAACAAAUUCUACUAAUCAAUGCUUUUGAUAAUAAAUAUAGCAACCAUUGCAUUCAUUUAGUUAACGCCAUCUAU